AUGGGCUGCGGUUCUUCUCAUGUUGCAGAUGGUGCUGAUCACGUUAUGGACGACGAAGUGACAUAUGAUAAGUUUGAGCAUUUUAAUGUGGUAUCGUCCUACGGCGUUAAGGGCGGACCGUCUCCGAAGGAGCUCUGUGAGGAGGCAAUCAACUCGAUUAGAGAGAAGGGACAUGAAACAGCUCCCCAGGAGGUCAAGGAUCUUCUGGUUAAACUAGCAGGUGCUGACUGGAGCCUUAUUUCUUCCGGUGCAUACCCUUUUGCCGAUGUCUAUGUUUGUGCGCGUAAUAAUAUCACAGUUGUGUCAGUUGUUUCUCUUGUAGAUGCGCCUAUUAGCUGUCUUCCAAAGUACUCGUCCGAUGCGAUGGUGGCAACAGCGGCCGGGAUCGUGGAGGCGGGUGAUAAGAAUAUUGGCUGUGUUGCUCCGUCCAAGGGUCUUAGCUGCAUGAUGAUUUCGGGUCCCAAACCCAAGUCCCUCAUAAUAGACCUCUGCUCUGAUGUUCCUCAAACAGAAAUGAACAUUGAGUCUCUUGAGAAAUACUUUAGUGAGUGCGACAUUGACAAGGAGGAAACUUCUCGUACUCUUUUGUCGUUUGGGGCCUCGAUUGCAACCUUGGUAGCUGAAAAGGGUAGCGACUAUGCGUACAAGGGCGAGCUAUCAGAUCGCCUCAAGUUCCUUCACCAUUCCCCGUGCGGCCGUGUGGAUUGCUACUUGAUUGAAAACAUCUCCGACAAGCCUGUUGCAGUUGUCGGCCGCGUCCCCGUUCUCGGCGAAACAACUUGGCCCAUAUACUAUGCAUUCAACAAUGACCAGUGCCAGCUUGUGUAUGAGCCCAGCCGAGAGAAGACUAAGAAUGCAUCCAAGCAGUUUGAGAUGCGCGGAAACCUCAAGCCUGGUCAGAAGCUCCUUAUGGGAAUGGUGAAUGCUAAGCUUACGUUAUCCGCAUACGACGAGGUCAAGAUUUAUCGCGUGUCCGAGACGGCAUGA